AUGGGCCGGUUCCUCUCACUUUUCUUCACCCUUUCACUUCUUCUUCUACCAGGAAUCCUGGGUUACGUGUUGCCCAUACCGCCAACUAGCCAUGAGCUUGCUUCGCGUCGCGACACCAUUCUUCCUCGAAAGAGCGAGAAGGGCAAUAGCGAUGACAACGGCGGCGGUGGUGCCAAUGCAGACAACGCCAACGCCAACGCCAACGCCGGCGCCGACGCAGUUGCCUCGGCGGACAAUUCUACCGAUAUAGCCGCCGUGUCCGCCGAUAACUCGACUGUUAUUGACGUCUCAGCUGCGAACUCCACCGCACAACUCGACGCAGCCGCAGCAUGCAUGGUCGCCGCACUUGAAUCAGCGGCCAACGGCACGGAAGCCGUCGCUGUGGACAACAGCACCAUGGCGGCCAUUGCGGCUUCGUGUGCUGGAAACUCGACCGAAUUAGCAGCAGCUAUGGCUGUGGCACUGAACGAGGCUGCAGCUGCGGCUGCAGGCAACGAGACUGCUGUCGUAGACGGGUCCGCUGCUGCCGCUGCAAACGAGACGGCCGCCGCGUCUACAACUGGCGACACUUCCUCCGGCACGCAAACUGGAAACGGGAAUGGCAGAGGUGGCGGCAACGGCAGAGGCAAUGGCAAUGGCAGUGGCAACGGCAGAAGCAACGGCAGUGGCAAUGGCAACGGCCGCGGCUCCAAUAACAACAAUGGUUCUGCCAAUCGAGUUGCGGCCAACGACCGAGGAAACAAUGGUGGACGGAACAACGACAAUGCAAUCAACGUCAUCAUCGACGACGCCCUCAGCGUAGUGAGCACUGUGCUGGGGAAGCACAAGGCGAAACGGGCGCCCAGGGGGGACAGAAAGAGUGUGGUGCGACGAAAGAUAGCUGCAGGCUUGAAUGAACGGGCUUUCUGA